AAGAUCAACCCAUAAAUUGUUUUAGCACUUUCAUUAGAUUUCAAUUUACAAUAUUUGGAAAUUGUUUACGACAUCGAAAGUUAAUCAUCGGUUUCAAUAAGAUGACGGUUUCUCAGAGUUGGCUUAGUUUACACUUUCGUUAUUAUGUAUUGCUAGCAACAGCGGCCAGUUCUGCUUUCAUGUUUUCAUCUCGAUGUGUUAUCAAUUUCGCCAUUCUUGCCAUGGUCACGGUGGAGUCCAAUUCAACUUUAAUCAUACCGGAAGCAGAGAUCGGAUUGUUGCCAUCUAAAGCUCCAACUCUGGACUGGGACCAGGAACAGCAAGGAAUCGUCAUUGGUUCUUACCAUUAUGUUUACACUUUGCUUCAAAUAAGCACCGGCAUUUUAGCAGAUAAAUUUGACGCUGUUAAGCUUACAAUAUUGUCUCAUUUUUUCGCCUCUUUAGCUACUUUGGCAUUUCCUUUAGCAGCUACAACCAGUUAUGGUUUAGCUAUUACCUUGCGUGUUUUACAAGGCCUUUGUCACGCUCCAAUCUUUCCUUGUUGUCUUGUUGUUUUUGAAAAUUGGUUCACACCGCAAGAGAAAGCACUUGCGAUUGGAGCAAUGACGUUUGCUUAUAACUUAGGUACAGCAAUUGUUAUGCCAGUAACAGCUUGGCUUUGUAUCAAUGGGUUUGCUGGUGGAUGGCCAUCGGCCUUCUACUGCAUGGGAAUCGCUAAUUUAAUUUACAUUGCGCUGCUCUACUUGACGGUUUCAUCUAAUCCAAAUGACAGUCGUCUAAUAAGUGAAACUGAAAAAACAUUAAUCUCCAGUUAUCUUCAAACAAAACCGAAAUCCAAAAAUCCAACUCCUUGGAAAGCAAUGUUCACAUCAGUACCUUUGUGGUCGGCGACUAUCGCAAGAGGGAUUCUGUCUACAGCUUAUAAUGUCGUCAACUCUAGAAUACCUCUUUAUCUUGAAAUCAUCCUUGGUUAUCCGUUACAAAAGAAUGGUUUCAUUAAUUCAGCGUUUUACUUGAUUGAUGCCUGUAGUCAAUUGAUUAGUGGCCCAUUGUCCAGGUACAUUGCUUCCAAAGGCUAUCUAAGUCUGGGUGCUACUCACAAACUCUUUGAAUCUAUUUCACUUCUUGGCCCGGCAUGUUUCUUGCUGAGUAUACCUUUCUUGUCUGGUAGAGCUGAUGUUAUUAUAUUUGGCUUGAUUAUGACAAUGUUUUCAAUGGGUUUUGCAACUGGUGGAGACAUUCAAAUGGUUCCCGAAAUCGCUCCAGCUUUUGUUGGAACUGUGUUCGGCUUCUCAAAUACACUUUCAUGUGCAGCUGGUUUCAUUUCACCCAUGACAAUUGGUUAUAUUCUUGAGGAUCAGGUUUUCUCUGUUGAUCGAUGGAACAUGGUAUUCUUUUUAUUUGGAGGCUUACAAAUCAUAGGAGCAGCCCAAUUCAUUUUGUUUGCCAGUUCCAACCCUCAACCUUGGGGUGUUAUCGAGGAAACGCCAUCAAAAAAUGGAGACAUUGAAAUGAGUGAUAAAAAAGCAGAUAAAUCAAGAGAUAAAUCGGUAAAUCCGAGAUCAAUCAAUUGAUUGAAAAACUCUUUCCUUGCUAACUUUUAACAAACUAACCAAAAUGAAUCUGUUCAUAAUACAAUCAAUUCUCAUUGCAAAGACUCAAAUUCACAAUGGAGAACACCGAAAAUCGACAAAUCAAUUUCAUAACAAAACAAAAUCAUACCGGGAAAAGUUGAUCACACAUCAAAUGAAACAAAAAUUUAUUGAAAAAGCACAAAACUUUUUAAUAUUUUCAAAACAAUAAAUCUACAAUAUACAGUAUGAUGCAUUGUAAAACUAAUUUAUCAAUUAGUAAACCUCUCAUGAAAUGUAUCAAGAUAGUUAAAUAGUUAUUUGCUUUUAAACUCUUCUAUUAAAUUUUCAAUCAUUUUAACA